AUGAGCAUUACAUCAGUACAAAUACUUGGGCAACUUGUGGCUAUGAGUUCUGACAACGGCAUCAGGGUUAUAAAAUACAGCGAACAGUUCUCAUACCCAAUCGCACACAUCUUUUUCUCAAUCGACCAUGUUUCACAAACACUUCUGUUUAAUGGACACCUUCUUUUUAUAACCAACUUCACUGAUCAAAACAACUCCCCUUUUAGGCUCUAUUAUUUCGAUCCAUUACUCGACUUUGAGAACGCAUCAAAAAUUGGAAGCAAGCA